GUGUAAUUAUGGAGAAGGUGCUUUCUCGGUGAAUGAAUAGGUAUUAAAGGACCUCUGAGAAGCUUCGUCAGUUCAACAUCAUCAUCUCCAACUCUCAACUCUCAACUCUCAACCACAUCACAUCACAUCACAUCAUCACAAGACUUCUUCAUCACAACCACAACUACCAACCCAAAACCCCCCAUCAAAAUGACUCAAUCCAAGGACCAGAAGAUCGCCGAGACCCAGGCCAACCUCCCUCUCCCCGAUCAGCCCCCUAAGGCUUCCGACUGGCAGUCCGCUGAUGCCCGCACCGUCAACGUCGGCGCUGGCAAGCAGGAGGGCCCCAUUGGCACCGACUCUGCCGCUCAGUCUGGUCUCCGUGAGCCCGCUACCAAGGGCGAGGAGGUGGACCUGAGCAACGUUGGUCGUGAGGGUGUUGAGAAGCGUCAGCAAUGAGCCUUCUCUCUAUCUUGUACAAUAUGAAAGGAAAUGGAAUGGAAUGGAAGGAAGAACAAGAGAGGAGGUUAAUGAUACCUACGAAUGAUCAAUGAAAUGGACCGCGAGCAAUGAAUGCUUCGCUGCUCGGUGCAUCAGUUUCUGUUUCCCUCUCCCGGUACGACAGAAUAAUUCAGUGACUUGUGCAGAUAUUCAGGGUAAUACUCGGCCGCCAUGCGGCGUUUGAGUGUUCUCUCUCACUGCUAUA